AUGAGUGACGAUAUAGAGGAUAAUUUGAAUAAACUAACUCAAUUUGUGAAACGAUGGUGGGAAGACGAUUAUAGUAAGGAAACGCAAUCAGGCAGCCCGGAAAGAUGGAGUGGAUGUGGGCCCGAACACAACUUAGCUCUUCAACAAAUACUCAAACUACAAGAAGCCAGAGCUCUUCAUAAAACUUCUCUUCUUCCAAUUUAUAAGAAAAACGGUCUUCCAUCACCACCAAGAGUUAGUCAAGACUAUGAACAAAUUACUGAUAAAAAUAUGGUGAAUCACGACGAACUACGAGCUAUCGAUCAAUUAAAACUUGAAGCUGAAUUUAAAAGACUUAUGGAAAAUUCAGGAAAAGAUGUACGGAACGAUGAAUCUUUUAGAUAUUUUCAACAUGUUAUGGAAGUAAAAAGUCAUUACGAUUUAUUGAAAGAUGUACAAGAGAAAGAAAUUAAAAAUAACUCUUUCGAUAAAGAAUUGAACGUAAAAAAAGAAAAAUUAUCUCCUAAUUAUAAUCGUUUUUCACCAGACCCAACACAUUCACCGCCUAGAACAUCAUCUGCUGAAGCUUCUCCUAAUCACAGUAUUCAUUUAUCUACCUCAUCUAGUCCCCUGUCCAACACUAGUCCAGUUAAUUCAUCACCCUUAAAUUAUUUACAAAAUAUGCAACCAUUUGAUUUUAGAAAACACAAAAUCAGUGAAAACAACGCUAAAGAAGAUAGUAGAAAACGCAAUUAUGACAUGUCCACCGAAAAGGCCGCCAUGGAUGUAAUGCGAAGUCAAUUUUUCAAUUUCCAACUGCCCACAAAUUUACCUUUACCUCCAAUGUCAAUGCCUUCCACAUUUUCACAUCCUGCAGCAAUGGUUGCUGCUCUUAGUCAAAAUCCAAUGGGGUUGGCUUCACUGCAAGCUCUCUUACCACAAAUAUCAACAAAACCCGUAGACUCUACUGAAAGUAGAAUGAACUUAAUGAGUAAAGUAAGAUCUGAAAACUCUAGAGUUGAAGAUGAAAGUGUCCUUAAUUUGAGCAAGGAUACAUAUGUAGAAGCUGCUCAAAAAACGAGAGAUAUGAUGUUAGGAAAAUGUAUAAGUCCACCAAAAAGACAAUGGGGUGCGUCUCAAAUGCCAUUGAAUUUAGGUACACAUUUUAUUAACCCAGCUACGGGUAAGAAACGUGUACAAUGUAACGUAUGUCUGAAAACUUUCUGUGAUAAGGGUGCAUUAAAAAUACAUUUUUCAGCCGUUCAUCUUCGUGAAAUGCACAAAUGUACAGUUGAAGGUUGCAGUAUGAUGUUUAGUUCUAGGAGGUCUAGGAAUAGACACAGCGCUAAUCCAAACCCAAAAUUACAUUCACCACAUUUAAGAAGAAAAAUAUCACCACAUGAUGGUAGAAGCGCACAGUCACAUCCAGUAUUAAUUCCACCACCUGGUGCUGGUUUAAAUAUACCACCCGUAAUAAGUCCCAUGCAUCCAUUCGGAUCAUAUCCAUUACUAAAUCCUUCCCAAAAUAUGAGAUCAUAUACAUCCAGUAUGCCCUUGGACUACAAAAAUAAUAUUAAUUUUUCUCCUACUUUAAAUCAUACACAGCAUUUGCGGAGAGAAUCUAAUUCUGUCGAAAAUAAAGAUCAUGAAGGACACGGUGAAUCUGAUGAAGAUGACGGGAUUGUAGUUGUAGCUGGUGAUGAUGAUGACGACGACAACGAUCAUGUUGAUACAAGCGAUUAUUAUUCAAAUCUUAAUAAAUCGACAGGAUCUGCUGAUGAUUCAGAAAUAGAAUAUGACCAAAGAAGUGUAAGUGAUAAUAAUGAAAAUACGGAUGCUAUAAAAGAUACAGCCAGUCCAGAAGUAAUGAAAAGAAAACGUAAAAAUCUUAAUCCAACGAGACUUAAAAAUAAGUAUAUCGUUGAUUGUGAUGAUCAUGAUCAACAAGAUGAACAAAAUAAUGACGAAGAUACAGCUUUAAAUCUUAAAAGAGUAAAAUGCGAAAAUAGCGAUGGAAAAUUAACGGUUCCAUAUGAUAAAAUCGAAAACCUUAAAAUUAAACAAGAACCUACUCCAGUAACUUUGGAAACAACUGACCUGAACGAGAGUGCUCAAGAUUUACGAGUAAAAGAAGAACCCGUUGAUAACUCUGAGUCCGUAACAACAAAAGAUUUACCUUGUCAAAAUAGUGAGAAUUUUUCCUCAGAAAACUCUUUAAAAAGACUGGAAAGCUUAUCACGGGGAGAUUUCCCUCACAUUUCCAAAAAAAUCGAUACACAUAACUUAGGCCCAUAUAAUUUAAGUGUAAAUGAUGGUGUUGAUUAUUCCGAUAGAUCUCCGUCAUCUUCGGUUUCGAGCUAUGAUUACCCAUCUGAUGAUGUUCAAGGUCAAAUAUUUGGUCAUUUUGAUAAUGGCUUUUUUGUAACAACUACAGAUGUUCCCAUCGAUAUGGACAAUCCUCUUAAAUGUAAGGUUUGCGAUAAAAUGUUUCAAAACGUCUAUAUAUUAAAAACUCAUUACCAGAAUGCACAUCUAAAAGUUAUGUACAAAUGUAAUACUGAAGGUUGUAGAGCUGCAUUUAGCACAAGACGUAGCAGAGAUCGCCAUAAUUCCAAUGUUAAUGUACAUAGAAGAAUAUUAAGUGAAGACCAUCGAAUAUUCGAUGACUCUCGUAUUUUAGAAAAAAUAAAGGAACAAAUGGAUUUAUUAGCUAAAUUUAGUGAAGAAGAACGAGCUAUCCCUUACAUUGAUUCACAAAAAUACUAUCGAGCUAGAGAUAAUGAUAAAGCAAAAAGUCACUUAGCGCAAAUGCCUUUUGGUCCGCCAUAUCCGCCUCUACCGUUGCCAGAGACCUAUUUGAACGGUCGUGACAUGUUUGCUCAACAUCCUUUUCUAUUUGCACCUUUCGGUAUGCUUCCAAAUUUCCCUCCAAUACCAUUUGGAUUUUUGCCACCGAGCCUCAAUAGUUUUGGUUGUCAAAAUCAAAAUUUCUCCCCUCCUUUAUCUCAAAAACUAAACUACUGCGUAGAAGAUGAAGCGCCUCGACCGAAUAAAGAUGGCUAUUAUCCAUGUCGUGGUUGCAGGGAGUGCUUCAAAGACUUGUUGAGCUUAAAGGUGCAUUGUGAAAGUGUUCAUGCACAACUGUUGCAUCGGUGUUCAGUGAGUGGGUGCAACGCUGCGUUCUUCUCAAGGACUAAAAGAAACAUUCACACGGAGGCCCAUAUUAGUCGCCGUCAAAACGGUAAAACGUCUAAUUUGUCG